AUGACUUCGGUGCAGCAACUCUUUUCGCUUGAAGGCCAGACGGCUUUAGUGACUGGUGGUACGAGAGGAAUUGGGCAAGCAAUGGCAUUAGCUCUGGCUGAGGCAGGAGCGGAUGUCUUGCUUGUGCAGAGAAACACUUCCAAUACAGAGACAAAGCAAGUCAUCGAGAAGCUUGGUCGGAAAGCAGAAAUAUAUACGGCAGACCUCUCCGACCACGCGUCAAUGAAAGCUCUCACACCCAAGGUCUUAGCAGACGGCCAUCAGAUCCAUAUCUUACUCAACUGUGGUGGAAUCCAAAAACGCCACCCUGCGCACGAAUUCCCAGACGAUGACUGGAACGAAGUCUUACAGGUCAACCUCAAUGCUGUCUUCAUCUUGUGUCGAGACGUAGGCGCACAUAUGCUACAAAGACAGCUCGACAAGAAUGGUCGGCGAGGAAGCAUCAUCAACAUUGCAAGUCUCCUUACAUUCCAAGGUGGCAUCAAUGUCCCUGCAUACGCAGCCAGUAAAGGUGGCGUAGGCCAGUUGACCAAGGCUUUGAGCAACCAGUGGGCGAAGGACGGCAUCAAUGUCAACGCCAUCGCACCUGGCUACAUUGCUACCGAUAUGAACACGGCACUGAUCAAUGACGAGAAGCGGGCAGCAGGUAUAUUGGAUCGCAUACCUGCUGCAAGAUGGGGUAGUCCGGACGACUUUAAGGGUGGUGUCGUGUACUUGGCUAGUCGAGCAAGUCACAUCCAUACCCAUCUCUUUGCAACUUCUUACAACGAUUCCGAGUAUCAUAUCAUGGCACCAAUCGCCCUCGAGACGCCCAAUGUCAACGAAAACUUCAAUGACCACCGGGAUGGUCUAGCUCUUGAAGCAACAUCUGAUGCCGUUGACGAGGUCAACGUCCUCAGGGCGGAGAUGAGAGUCAAGAAUGGCACAGCCACUCAGGAAGAAGUCGACAUCUACGAACGGUCGAAGUUCGAUGCUGAGAAAGACAAGGCUCAAUUUCGACAGUACGAAGAUGCCUGCGAUCGUGUCAAGAACUUCUAUCGCGAACAGCACGAAAAGCAGACCGUCGCCUAUAACCUGAAGGCCCGGAAUGACUUCAAGGCAAACACUCGCGCUGAAAUGACCAUUUGGCAAGCCAUGGAGAAACUCAACACUCUUAUCGAUGAGUCUGACCCAGAUACCUCGCUCAGCCAGAUCGAGCAUCUGCUACAGUCCGCUGAGGCCAUCCGUCGUGACGGCAAGCCUGAGUGGUUCCAAGUCACAGGUCUGGUCCACGACCUUGGGAAACUUCUCUUCUUCUACGACUCACAAGGACAGUGGGAUGUCGUCGGUGAUACUUUCCCAGUCGGCUGCCGCUUCGAUGAGAGCAUCAUCUACCCAGGCACGUUCGAGAAUAAUCCCGACAGCAAAGACCCCAUCUACAGCGCACAGCACGGCAUCUAUACACCCGGAUGCGGCCUGGACAACGUCAUGCUCAGCUGGGGACACGAUGAGUACCUCUACCACAUCUGCAAGGAGCAGAGCACGUUACCCGACGAGGCACUGGCCAUGAUCCGAUACCACUCGUUCUACCCAUGGCACUCUGCUGGUGGCUACAGGUGGAUGAUGAACGAGAAGGAUGAGAAGAUGCUCAAGGCCGUCAAAGCCUUCAAUCCUUACGAUCUGUACAGCAAGAGCGACGAAAUGCCGAAGAUUGAGGACCUGAAGGAGUACUACAUGGGUCUGAUCAACACAUACUUCGCUCCUCGCGAGGGCGAGACCGAGCGUGUGAUCAGGUGGUAA